AUGACAUUGUUUGGAGACAAGUUAGUGGUGAGGCUAAUGACGUUAAUCAAGAARCUGUGGUGGAGWGGAAGCAAAAAAUAUCAAGACGCAUUGCUGGGUAUUCCUACUAAGUCACUAGUACAGAAAAGUGAGUCUUGUUCUGGAGGGAAAAAAGCAAAGGAUCGCUUAACAGUGCUCAUGUGUAGUAUGGCUGGAGAAAUUAGGAAGCCAUUGGUAAUUGGCAAGUCUAAAAAACCACGGUGUUUUAAGAACAUGGACAUUACUUCGUUACCUGUCAUAUGGAAAUUUAAUAAAAAAGCCUGGAUGACAACAGAGAUAAUGGAGCAGUGGUUGCGUUAUUUUAACGCAGAUAUGCGAUCUCAGAAUAGAAACGUCCUAAUAUUCUUAGAUAAUGCUGCAUGYCACCCAAAGAUCGAACUAUCUAAUACGAAAAUACUUAUGUUGCCCCCAAAUACCACAUCGAUCACCCAACCAAUGGAUCAAGGAGUGAUUUACACGUUCAAGUCUUACUAUCGUAAGUUUUUGCUACAAUCGUUAUUAUGCAAGAUGGAUAAUUGUUCUUCAGCUCAUCAGCUCGCUAAAUCAAUAAGUGUUUUGAAUGCAGUCAAUUGGAUAGCGUUGGCUUGCGAUAAUGUAAAAGCUGAAUGUGUACAAAAUUGUUUUCAUAAAGCCGGGUUUCUUUCAAAUGAAGGAACCAAUACCAAUGGUAUAGAUUUACCAGAAAAUGCUUUGAACGAUAUUAAUGAGGAAUGCGUUAUAGCCAAUGUUGAUGUAGAAGAUUUUAUUACAUUUGACAGUAACUUAGAGACGCACCAAACUUACGACUMGGCGAUUUUUUUAGAAGAAGAAAAAGAAGUAGAAAAGAUGAUAAUGAUGAUAGUGAGACCAACGAUGAGCCAAAAAUAA